UUCUUCCCCUUCUAUCACAAAACUGAAACCAGCUCUCUCUCUUCUCUCUUUCUCUCCCAUACCUAAAAAACUAGGGUUACAAACUUCAAAUAACUUUCCUACAGAGGCAAAACUUCUAACCUACGUUGCACUUGCUGAAAUAUUUAUAUAUUUUUCUGUGAAUUAGGGUUUUCGAUGCCGCCGGCGAUUGCACAAUCAAUCCCGUUGCUCCUUUGAAUUGUUUGUUUUGUCAAUGCCUAGACGUCCACGGCUGGAUCUAAACACUCAGUACCUAGGAACUGCUUCCUCUCUGUUCAGAGAGGCUAGCACUUCGUUAGUCCAAUCGUAGUUGUGGAUGGCGCCAAGUAGAAGAAAAACCGGAAGAAGGUCGACAGCAGCUGCUGCUGCUGCUCGCCGGCAGUGGAAGGUUGGCGAUCUCGUUCUUGCGAAGGUCAAGGGCUUCCCAGCUUGGCCUGCAACGGUAAGUGAGCCAGAAAAGUGGGGUUACUCGUCUGAUGGCAAGAAAGUACUGGUUUACUUCUUUGGAACUCAGCAAAUAGCCUUUAGUAAUCCUAUAGAUGUUGAACCAUUUACAGAGGAGAGGAAAGAAUCUCUUCUCACAAAACGUCAUGGCAAGGGUGCUGAUUUUAUACGUGCAGUGCAUGAGAUAAUUGAUAGUUAUGAGCAGUUGAAGAAAGGUGAAGUUACUUCUAACUCUGUGGAUAAUGUAACAUGGAAAAAUUCAGGAAUCUCUGAGGACAAUUUAGGAUUGGAGAAUGAGACACCUGAUGUGGAGCUUAGUUCCUGUGGAAAAUCUCCUUUAUCUGUUGAAGGUAAAUGGUCAAACAAUGCUGUUGAAGAUUCUGUAGGGACAAUUAGGGAGUCUGACAAUUUGCAUGAUAUAGAUACAACUAGAGCCCCUAAGGCGAAGAAUCAGGGAAAUGCAUAUUUUUCAAGAAAGAGAUUCAGAGGUGUGCAAUUAAAUAGCUGCCCCUCACUGAAAAAGGUCACUGCUCCUAGGUCUUCUAGAUCUGGAAAAUGCAUAUUAUCACCUGGUAAUGAUGGUAAAGCUGCUGCAGACAUACCUUCAUCAGCUUUACGUGAUGGAACCAGAAUCAAUAGAGUGUGGGAAUCACCAAAUGUUAAUGGCGAGGAGACAGAUCCACAUGCCAUGACAUUAAAUGGUAGUUCUAAAGAAAAUGGUGCUGAAAACUUGACAGUCCACUCUGGCUGUAAAUUACAGCAGAUUGAGCCCGGUAUUGAACAUUGUGUUGAGAUAGAGUUAAACCAAAACUCUGUUCUCGUGGCAGAGGCUGUUGUUGUUAGAAAGAAAAGGAAUCAAAGCAGAAAAAGAGCAAUCAUCGAUGCUUCUGAUGCUGUUGCCAAAGUAGCUGAGGAUACAGAGGUGGAAGUGCGUAGAACUGGUCAAGAUUUUCCUGAUGUAAGGUCGACUUCACUAGACGAAGGUGAUGAGCAUCUUCCACUUGUGAAAAGAGCACGGGUUCGUCUGGGAAGAUCUUCAUCCAAAAAAGAGGAUCUGGAUAUAUCUACAUUAUUAGAAGAGAAAUCAUCACUUAUUCUAAAUACUGAUCCUGGGCAUGUUUGCACGUCUCUCACUCACGAUGUAGAUUACAAUGUGGUUACAAAAUCACAUAUAGGCAAGUAUGAUGUAAGUGAUUCAGUGAUACCAACUGUAUGUUCUCAGUUUGCAGUUGAUCAGCUUCAGGCCUUGGAUGACAGGAGCAGUGCAAAGCUGGGUUGUUUAGUAGAUGGCGAGGCAACUUUGCCUCCAUCUAAGCGGCUCCAUCGAGCUUUGGAGGCUAUGUCAGCUAAUGCUGCUGAAGGCACUAAAUCUGAUGCGUCAUUACCCAUGAAGACAUGUAUAUAUAGUAGUUAUUCCAACAAGGGGUCUCCUGAAAUAUCUCUGGGUGGUGGAGAGAAAGGUUCUGCAAUGGAAACUUUUGAUCUUAGUAAUAUGAAUGCUUCUCAAGGUGUCAGUACCGGGGUCUCUACUAGUUCUGAGCUGCCACUGCUUGAAGAAAUGGCACACUGUUCCGGAGAAGAAGUAAUUUGCUGCAAACAUGUCAGCAAAAAUGGUAACCAUAAUAAUAAGUUGUGUGAAGAAAGGGCUCUGGAGAUUCUUGAAAUUGUCGAUAUGAAAAGUCUUUCCCUUCCAUCAUUGGGUGAGUCAAACGAUAAAUUACUGGGAUGCAAUGAAGGUUCACUUGAACUGUCGCCUUCUAAGCGUAGAGGGCAAGAUGAAUAUAUGGAUAACCACCAUAAAAUUGAGAAGCCUCUGGAGAAUCUUGAAAGUGUUAAUAUGAAAAGUCUUUCAUUUCCAUCUUUGGGUGAAUCAGUGAAUAAGUUACUGGAUAACCACCAUAAAAUUGAGAAGCCUCUGGAGAAUCUUGUAAGUGUUGAUGAAAAUAUGGAUAACCACCAUAAAAUUGAGAAGCCUCUGGAGAAUCUUGAAAGUGUUGACGUGCAAAGUAAUUCUCUUCCAUCAUUGGGCGAAUCAAUGUAUAAGUUACUGGGAUGCAAUGAAGUUUCACUUGAAUCACUGUCGCCUUCAAAGCGUAUAGGGCAAGAUGAAACUAUGCAUAACCACCAAAAAAUUGAGAAGCCUCUAAGAAAACCUGAUACUUCACAUGAUUGUCAAAUUGUGUCUGAUCCAGGAUUAAGGGAUGAAGAAAUUGUUGAGGGGCUUCCAGGAGAGGGUAACUUUUCAGCUACUACAAGGCCUUCAAAUUCUCCUGCUACUGAGAUUAAAGAAGCUUAUAAAGUGUUUCAUGUUACUGGAGAUAUAAAACAAACACUUAAGGGUUCACAUGUUAUUACCUCUCCAACUACACUGAAGGAUAUAGAAGCUGCUGAAUGUCUCCAGAACUUAUCCCUCUCUGCCUCCAUUUCUUUGGAUAAUACAGGUGACAGGGAUAUAUCUGGGCAGGGGUCAUCAUCUUCCAUGACCAAUAGGUUGGGUUCCAUUGCAUGUGAAUCUCCGCCAAGCACAUCGAUCUGUAAUGAUUACACUGUAGAAACUGAUAGAAUAGUGGACAACACGGGAUCUUGUGUUUUAACUUCUCAUGUGCCUCACAUCAAACCUAAAGAUGCAAACAAAUGGAGUAGUAAAACUGAGGCAACUGCCGCACUGGCAUCCUUUGAGGCUGCUCUUGUAACCUUAACAAGGACAAAGGAAAACAUCACUGGAGCCUCACGGAUUGCUAUUGACUGUGCCAAGUACGGCAAUGCUUUUAAGGUGGUUGAAAUUAUUGCUCGAAAUUUGGAAACUGAACCAAACUUACAUCGAAGAGUAGACUUGUUUUUCCUUGUGGAUUCUAUUGCGCAAUGUUCUCGCGGUUUGAAAGGUGAAGUUGGUGAUAUAUAUCCAGCAAUCCAAGAAUUUUUAAAACGCAUAUUGUUGGCUGCUGCUCCUCCUGGAAGUAGUACACUUGAAAAUUGCAGACAGUGUUUGAAGGUACUGAGGCUAUGGUUGGAAAGAAGGAUUCUUCCAGAUUCCAUUAUACGCCACCAUAUCCGUGAGCUCGAAUCUCUCUGUAGUUCCUCUUCUGGUAGUGUAUUCGCUAAGCGUACAAUGAGAACAGAAAGGCCUUUUGAUGAUCCCAUUAGAGGAAUGGACGGAAUGCUUGUAGAUGAAUAUGGAAGCAAUUCAAAUUUUAAGCUUGCGGGAUUUUGUAUGCCGCCUAUGCUCAAGGAUGAGGAAGAUGGAAGUGACUCUGAUAGCGGUGAUUUUGAAGCUGUUACACCAGAGCAUGAAAGUAAUUCUCAUGAAGACCGAGAAGUUAUAAUGCCAAUCACAACCGUUGUAAAACAUACUUGCGUCUUAGAGGAAGUUGAUGGUGAGCUUGAAAUGGAGGAUGUCUCUCCCAAUUGUGAUGAUGAGAUGGUCAUUAGCAACAACUCUGGCUUGGGUCCUUUGAAUGCGGUGCAUCAGUUUGACAACAAUAUUCCCCUUCCUUUUCUCCCUCCCCUGCCUGUAGACAUGCCACCAUCCUCUCCUCCCUUGCCAACAUCUCCUCCGCCUCCACCUCCACCGCCUCCAACUAGCUCAAUCCCAGUCCCUUUUGAUUCCAAGGUCUAUGUGGGUCAUAAUAUGGCCUCAGUGAACCCAGAAUCAUUGCCCUUUCAUGCCCAUGAACACAGAGAAAUUCAGAUGCAGCCCUCUGUACAAGGUGCCUGUACCUCUAGUGUAUUUAAUGGUCAGCCAAUUCCCAAUCUCCAUAUGCAGCAGCAGCAUGUCAAUGGGAUCCAAGAGAAUAAUGGGAGCAACAGUUUGCAUAAUGCCGGUUAUCCAAUGCAUUCACUGCAGCCUGCACCAUCAAAUCAAUUCUCUUAUGUUCACUCAGAUCAAUGGUUGCAAUCUCAGAGAGAGGUUCCAUGUCCUUAUCCAGGCCCUGUUGGGGGAAACUUCUGUAAUGAAUUUGAUAGGAGAAACAUGGGUCCACAUGAGACUGGUGGGAAUAACUGGAGAUUUCCAGCUCCUCCUGUUACAGGUGGAUCAUAUGCUCAACAUUAUCCUGGUCCAGUUUGUGAUCCUCCAAACGAGCAAAAUCAUGGGUGGGGUUUUCCUCAAUGGAACGGAAACCACCAAGAUUUCAUGCCUCAUAGACCACCUCCUGAAGGACCCAUGCCUGUUCCAAUCAGAGCUCCAUGCUUUUGGCAACCUAGAUGAGUGUUGUUGCACUUCUGGUGUGCAACUCAUUUCCUGCCGCUUUUUUUCCAAAUAGUUCGAGAGAAUCUUGAGAUAGAGUCACAGGAUGUGUCUGAGGUUAACAAUGUCUAUUAACAUAUUAUACCGAAAUCUCUUGUAUAUAUGUGUUCUAUUGCUUCCUCGACAAAUAUUGUUGUGGAUUGCUGUUUUAGUACCUAUAACUUAUUGCAUUGACCACCGAUUUUUUAUAUUUUUAUUUUAGAACUCUUGAAUUAGUAUUGCCUGAAACUCAACAUAGAUUUUGUUUCCUUUUCGUUUUUGCUCGACUGGAUUUGUAUCCUUUUCGAAGCACCUUUACUUUUAUAGGCUUAUGGUUUACUGUAAAGAUGAUUUAUUCUUGCAAUUAUAUACCAUAUGAUGCA